AUGCUUCCUCCCCUCAAUUCUGCCCCAAAGGUGAUAGAGAUUCGUAGUUUAGAUACACUGUCCUCCUACUUCACCCUAAUGGAAAAGCCAUGUCGUGUUACCCAGGGCCUGGUUCACACUGCGGCGCUACGUCACAGUCAGUGCGGUUUGGAUGAAAUAGUCAGAGACCAACCCUCUGCGGUGGUGCUGAUCCCAGCCCGGACCUGUGUUUGGCCUGGCGAGUGUGAACAAGCUGCAGCAGCCCAGGGGAGCUUCUCCCAGCACAUCAAAGGCCUGGAAGAGAAACACCGAGACUCGCUCGGUCGCAGCUUCGCCUCCCCACUUCUCGUUUUGUACCGCGGUCUCACUCCUCCCUCCUCUCACUCCUGGGCUUUUGGUGCCAACUCUGGGACAACGUACAUCUUCGGGCGAGGCGGAGCCCUCAUCACAUAUACCUGGCCACCCAAUGACCGGCCGAGCACACGGGCAGACCGGCUGGCAGUGGGCUUCAGCACGCAGCUGAAGGAGGCUGUUCUGGUCAGGGUAGAGAGCGCCAAAGGACUGGGAGAUUACCUGGAACUUCACAUAGAACGGGGAAAGAUCGGUGUGAUCUUCAACGUGGGAACAGACGACAUUAUCAUCGAGGAGAGCGCGGUGAUGGUGAGCGACGGCAAGUACCAUGUGGUGCGAUUCACACGCAGUGGUGGAAACGCCACUCUACAGGUGGACAACCAGCCGGUCAUCGAGCGCUUCCCAUCAGGGAACUUUGAUAAUGAGCGCCUGGCUAUUGCUAGACAAAGAAUCCCAUACCGACUCGGUCGGGUAGUUGACGAGUGGCUACUCGACAAAGGUCGCCAGCUGACUAUCUUCAACAGCCAGGCGUUCAUCAAAAUUGGUGGUGGUGGAGAGAAGGGACGCCACUUCCAGGGCCAGAUUUCAGGCCUGUACUACAACGGCCUGCAGGUGCUGAAACUGGCAGCCGAAGGCGACCCCAAUGUCCAGACCCAGGGCAACCUGCGGCUGGUUGGUGAUGUACCGUCGGUGCUCACUACUGACACCACCUCCACCACACCGCUGGCUGAUAUGUCCACCACAAUAAUGGAGACAACCACCACUAUGGCCACAACCACCACCCGCAAACAGCGCUCACCCACCAUGAAGAACAGUGUCACACAGAAUGCGGAUGACCUCUUGGUAGCAUCAGCUGAAUGUCCUAGUGAUGACGAAGAUUUGGAGGAGUGUGAGCCUGGAAAUGGAGGUGAAUUAGUGUUGCCCAUAAUUACGGUGGACUCCCUAGACCCCCCAUCCAUCGCUACCCGCUACCCAGUAAUCCCCCCACCCCCUACUACCUACCGCCCCUUCCUCACCCUCCUCGAAACCACCAAAGAGUCCCUCCCCUUGCCAAACGGCCGGCCCCCCUGCCCCUUGGACCAGGAGGACUGCGAGGAGACCAUCGAGGUGUCGGCAUACGGCUCAGGGGAGAUGACCGAGUCCGAUGAUGAGGACUAUUACAAAAACUCCCCCCUGGUCACCGACAGGACUGUCCUCCCUCCUCCUCCAGCUGCAGAGGGUGGCGUCCAGAACCCCCGAGACCGCCAUUUCUCCCGCAUCCCCAACUCCCACCGCCCACCUCUAUCUUCCACCCCCACAGCCAAUCCCGACCAGCUCAGCCCACGAAUCAAGCCGCCUGCUGGCGGCAGCAGUAGCAACAAUAUCCCUGCCGGGAAAAUGAACACCCGGGACCAGGUGCUGUUGCCGCCAGCCCACCCCUCGUCAGACCCAGGCCACCGCAGAAUCCCUGGAAUAACAUACCCUCCAAAUUUCCCCCAUGUUCCCACUCCAGACCCCACAUCUCCAGAGAGAGGGCUCCCAGGCGCUGUGGAGGUGCAGCAGUCCAGCAGCACCACGGGAAUGGUCGUCGGAAUCGUGGCAGCAGCUGCCCUCUGCAUCCUCAUCCUGCUCUACGCCAUGUACAAGUACCGCAAUCGCGAUGAAGGCUCCUACCAGGUGGACCAGAGCCGCAACUACAUUAGCAACUCAGCCACGCAGAGCAACGGAGCCCUGGUGAAAGAGAAACAGCCCGCCACUGCCAAGACAGUCACUAAGAACAAGAAGAACAAAGACAAAGAGUACUACGUCUGAGGGAGCACCACCGUGACACCACAGAGACAGACAACAGAGACACUAAGAGACAGAAAGAGACGAGAGAGAAUGAGAGAGAGGGAAAACGACAAACAUAACCUAGAGGGUAUUUCAUACCAUACUUGUUUCCAAUUCCAAUCUUAUCAAAAGGAGGCAGGAAAACACUUUAUCUUGCUUCACUCCAUACUCUUUAGCAUAGCUGUGCUUGAUUUGGCUUCUUAUUAAAUGUUAGCUGUGGUGUGGGUAUAAUGAGAGGCUAUUACACCUCAGAUCUCAACACAUACUGUGCCAACAACUGUGUACCAAAUGCUGAUAAAACAGUGAUUUGUGGAUUAGUGCUUGACAGGUUAUUUAAUAUCUUGAGUACUGUAAGAAAGCACCAUCAUCAGUAUUUGUCAAGGUCAGUACUUCACUCUGAGGUGAGCUAUGGUGCACACCGCCACCUUAGACAGUAUCAGCCUCAAUUAGUGACUACACAUCCCUCUGUUUAAAAUCAAUAAUACUGCCAGCUUACAGAAUCACUCUCACCUCUGUAAGUGUUCGACAUCUCUCGUCAAAUCUCUCUCUCUCUUCCUCUCAUUCGCUCGCUGUUUCUCUCUUUGUCUACGGUGCUCAGCAGCUGGUGCAACGUAAACUCUGCCGUGUUUCAAGCAUGUAGUAUUCAUUUACGAAAAAGAGAAUUUUUCUUUCUGUGGAGUCUAAAAAAACUUAAAAAAUAUGACGAUGAUUGAUGAUCAUAACAACCGUUAAACGUAGCAACUAUGUGAGAUACCACCGCUCCGACCUAUUGGAUGCUAACUUUGUACGUUUAGCCGCCAAAAACUUAUCGAGGCCAAAAUCCCCUUGGUCGUCCUUUUGUUCCAGCAGAUCUGUGUCAUGUGUUUCUGGGGCUCCAAGGCACCCCCUAGUGGGCCAGCAGAGAAACUGCGUCACGUCCUUACAGUUACUAAUAACCGAAAACAGAAAAAAACCUCCAGCAAACCAGACAAACUCUGUUCUAUAUAAUUAUAAAUAUAUGUAUAGACGUUGCAGAAACCUAUGGACCUGAGAAGUGAGGAAAAGUGAGAGUAUGCUGGUACCACAGCAAGGAAGGACGGACUUUAGGAUUUUCAACGUCGGAACAGUUUCACCACCCCAGCUCCCCAGACCCGCCCCUUUCAUGAACAGUUCGGCUGAUGCAUCGCCUUGCUGCAGCCGCUUUGGUUUGCUCUUUUCUUUUCUUUUCUUUUUUUUAAUUCUUUUCUCUUGAGAAAUGAGAGACAUUUUAGGGAAAUUCAUUCUUGCUGGAGUUCCACUGUGGAGAGAGAUACCUUGCAGCUGAAAAAGCGACUGUGUCUUUCGCCCUCUCUCUCUCUCUCUAGCCUGACUGGACUGAUGGCAGCCAAUGGGCUAACUUUGUGGGAAGAGCACACACAUUAAAAAGGUGAACGCCAGUUCCCUGGAAGAUGUACAACAGAACUCUAGUAUUCCAAUUUUCUCAACUCUAUUAAAAAAAGAAAACUGUAUCAUGAAAAGAAAAGAAAAUCCUGAAAAAAGUUUGUGAAAUGUCUAAAUAUUUGACUCUCAUCCCAUUACUAAGAGAAAUGUGUUUUCCCUACUAUCAUUCCUGUUUGGAGAAAAAAUGACCAUAUGAUUCUGGGAAAUUGAAAUUUCUAUGUCUUUUCUUUUGGUAAUUGAGCAAAUGUGAUUUGGGUUAUGAACAUGAAGCACCCACCCUCUUCUUUUCCAGGGGAGAACUUCCUCUCCUUUUAAUCCAUUCUCCAUCCGUCAUCCUCAAUCAGUUUUUUGUCCUGCAUCUCUUCCUUUUUCUCUGUAUGACUGAUUGUAUGUUCCAUACCCUGUGGAGAAAGCAGGCUCUAUCUAUCCUCCAUGGGUUCUUUUUUAUUUGUUUUUGUAUCUAUUUUUGUCUAUACUGCUGGAGACGAGAAGGCCACAGUUUCAUUUGACUGGCUCCAUAGAUUGACCGUCCUGCCACGUUUGUCUGGUUUCUCUCUUUCUCCAUUCCAAACAUACUCCUCCCAGUAUCUUCCUGUUCUUUCUAAAUGUUAUUGUAAAGUGUUCCAGUGAGAUGACUCUAAA